AUGAUAGGUAAUAUAAGCCUGCUGGGCCGACGAAUGCUUUCACUGAGGCCGGGAGAUGGGUUGCUCGUUCGUCUUUGGUUCGUUGCUGGUGAUCUCCCUGGUGUCAGUGGGGAGCUGCUAUGUCAAAGUUCAGUUCACGAAGAGGGGAGGAGAGUACCUUCUGCAGACCCCGAGGUAUCCCUUCAGUGCACCGCGGUUCACCAACAUCGUAUGGAGGCUGAAGGCACCCGAGGAUCAAAAAAUCGUCUUGACAUGUGA